UGUCGACAUCCUCUUCGCGACAACUUUUUGCGACAACCUCAACGAGAGAUCUGCCCACCAUGUCUCUCGUCAGCGGCGAAAAGUCGAACUUCCAGUUCAUUUUGCGUCUUCUCAACACCAACGUCGAUGGAAAGCAGAAGAUCAUGUACGCCUUGACCCGCAUCAAGGGUGUCGGUCGCAGAUAUUCCAACUUGGUUUGCAAGAAGGCCGAUGUCGAUUUGAACAAGCGUGCCGGUGAAAUCACCACGGAAGAACUCGAACGUAUUGUCACCAUCAUCCAAAACCCUACUCAAUACAAGAUCCCAGAAUGGUUCUUGAACAGACAGCGUGAUAUUGUCGAUGGCAAAAACUACCAGGUCUUGGCCAACAGUAUGGAGAGCAAGCUGCGUGAAGAUUUGGAGCGCCUGAAGAAGAUCCGAGCUCACCGUGGUCUGCGACACUACUGGGGUCUCCGUGUCCGUGGUCAACACUCCAAGACUACUGGCAGAAGAGGUCGCACUGUCGGUGUCAGCAAGAAGAAGGGUUAAGCGAUUGCUAUCAUGUGGUGUUUGCGGUUGUGGUUGGGUCUCGAUAAAGGCAUUCGACAGAGCAUUGCGACUUUCUUCCGCAGUGAAGCAAAACAAAAGACACGGCUGGGUUUCCUUGGCUCGUGAAACAAUAUCACAAAUACUCAUGGAGCCUACGAGGUUAGUGGGUUCCUUUGAACAAAUUCAUGGCAUUACCUCAACUUGAUUUUCGGAAAUUUUGUUCGUUCGUUCCUGCGAGUGAUGGGCUUUGUUGUGUUUCCGAACCCUGCCUCUUUUCAUCAGCAUUGAGUUGGAUUACUUCG